UCUGUUAUUGUGAAUAAUUAAUUGUUAUUUAUUUGGAUGGUUUGUUAAUUUAAUAUUUAAUAGUAAAAAAAUAAUUUAUAAUAUAUAUAUUUUUGAAAAAUAUAUGUAUGUAUUUAUGAACAAGUAGUGAAUCUGUGUCAUAGUGAAUUCAAUGGACCUUGUGUGACUUGGAGACUUGGAGGAUGUCGUUGUACACGUUGAUUUUGUCCUCGAGGCUAAUGGAGUUGGCUCUUGAGUGUACUUUUAGCCUCGACAUCAACUAGAUUUCAAUUUAUUCAAACAAAAUAAAAAAUAUUUUUUUUUUUAUACCGUUAUUAUUCCCAAAAUGUGUUGACUCAAAAAAUAAUAAAACUGUCGACUAAAAUUUUGAAUGGAUUUAUCAAAAUAACAAUCGUCAAAUAAAUAUUAUUUUUUUUUUAAAUUUGGAUAUUUAAAAUGUGCGCUAAAAUGAGUGUCCUACAAGGCAGACAUCUAGGAAUUAUGACCCUUACGAGCAGCCCGUGUGAGCUAGACAACAUGAGCUUGUUUCAAGACUUCAAGUUGAAAAGGAGAAAGGUCGAUUCUCGAUGUAGUAGUGACGACUCGCCAGUGUCAUUUGGAUCAGCAAGUUCACCAUCUGGAAUACAGCCAUCGGAUGCACCAUCACCAAUAACUUUUCAAACACCUGGUGAGAGCAUUGCUGAUACAUCAAUAUCAUCACAUGAUAUUAUUAUAAAUACAAUGCCUGGCUCAUCAUCAUCAUCAUCGUCAUCCUCGUCAUCAUCAUCGUCAUCGUCAUUAACAGCCACAACAACAACGACAACAACAAUAGCAACAACAGCAGCAACAACAACAACCACAACAACAUCAUCAUCAUCAACAACAACAACAACAGCAACAACAACGACAACUGGCUGUACAAUAAUUAAAGUUAAAAGUGAAUUAUUACGUGGUAGUCCAAGUCCUGUAUCAAUGCAACAACAUAGAAUUUGUCACAAUAGUGUUAUUGCUGGUACAACAACUGUUAUCAAUAAUAACAAUAAUAAUAAUAGUAAUAAUAAUGAAAAUAAUAAUUCAUCAACAACAACAAAUAAUAAUAAUAUUAAUAAUAAUAGAAAUUAUUGUCGUGAUCAACAUGAAAGAGAUACACGUAAUCGUACAACACCAACAACAACAACAAUACGUGAAACACCAUCACCAGAUUCAGUAUUUACUGAACCAAUAAGUACAACAACACCAGUAACAACAACAACAAUAAUAACAUCACAUUUAAAUUGUGAUAAUGAUAAUAAUAAAAAAUCAUCAACAUCACCAUGUUGUAUAGAUAAUAAUAAUCAUAAUGUAACAACAACACCACGUCAACAAUCACCAAAUAUAAUGAGAACAAAUAGUCCUGAACGUUGUGAUAUGUCAUCGGGUCAGACAAAACUUGAUUCAGAUAAUUCUGUAUUUGAUGGUGGUGGUGGUGAUAGUGAUGGUAAUUGUAAUAGUGGUAAUGGUGGUGUUAAUAGUGGCUGUAUUAAUAUUAAUACCAAUGGUACAAAUAGUACAAAUGGUACAAAUAGUGAUAGAACAUUACGUGCUGAUAUAUGUGGUCAACCAAGUCCAUCCUCACAAUAUAACAUUAAUCAAGCACAUAGUCCAAGCAGUAAUUCAUCAUCAUCAUCACAUAGUAAUACCCAACAACACCAUCAUCAUCAUCAACAACAACAUCAACAACAACAACAACAAUCACCAACAACAACGAGAAUAAGACCACCAUCAGUACCUGUACAUUUAUUAGCUCAUCAAUUUUGGACACAAAAUUCACAAGGUUUUGCUGCCCAAAGAUUAUUAAAUGGUGUUAUAUCAAGUGCCGUUGGAUAUGGACAAAAUAUUGGUGGUAGUAAUAAUAAUAAUAAUGGUGGAGGUGGUGGUAAUAGUCUGAACAGUUCAAGUAGUAAUACAAAUUUAGGAAAUGGACAAAAUUCAAAUGGUGGAAAUAAUAAUAAUAAUAAUAGUAAUAUAAAUAAUAAUAACAAUAAUAAUAAUAAUCAGGGAAAUGGUAUUGUUAUAACGAAUCAGGGUAAUGGUGCAGUUUUAACAAAUCAAGGUAAUGGAGGUUUUACAAUAACUAGUGGUAAUUCAACAUCAGUAUCAACACCAUCAACAAAUGACAGUGGAAUGAAACCACCAGCACAAAGACCAGCACCAUCGAUACCACGUCCACCACCAACAGUUGUUAUGGGUGAAGUUGGUGGUGUUAGAACAAUGGUUUGGUCAGCACCAGCAAUGGAACCAAUACCACCACCAGCAGCAUCAUGGACAACAACAUUAUCAUCAUCAUCAUGUUCAUCAACUGAAGAAUCAGCAGCACAAUUAUUAUUAAAUCUUGGUCAAGAAUCACGUGGUAAACCAUCAUCAAGUCCAUUUACAUCUGGACCACCAUUAAAUAUGGAAAGAUUAUGGGCUGGUGAUUUAAGUCAAUUACCAGCAGCACAACAAAUGCAAGCACUUAAUUUAACAGCAUCAAGUUCAAAUCAAUCUGGUUGGAUUAGAAAUGGGAAUAGUGGUGGUGGUGGUGGAAAUAAUAAUAAUAAUGGUAGUAGUGUUAAUAACAAUAAUAAUAAUAACAACAACAACAACAACAACAAUGGUGGUGGUGUUAAAUCAGAAUUAUUAACUCAAUCAUCACAAACAUUUACACCAACAACAGCAUCACAAAUACCCUCACAAGAUCAUGAAGAAGAUGAAACACCAAUGAUUUGUAUGAUUUGUGAAGAUAAAGCAACAGGUUUACACUAUGGAAUUAUUACAUGUGAAGGAUGCAAAGGAUUCUUCAAGAGAACAGUACAAAAUAGAAGAGUAUAUACAUGUGUUGCUGAUGGUGUUUGUGAAAUAACAAAAGCACAAAGAAAUAGAUGUCAAUAUUGUCGUUUUAAAAAAUGUAUAGAACAAGGUAUGGUGCUUCAGGCUGUACGUGAAGAUCGUAUGCCCGGUGGCAGGAACUCCGGAGCUGUUUACAAUCUUUACAAGGUUAAAUAUAAAAAGCACAAGAAACCAAAUAAAUCAAGUGGUGUUGUUAGUGGUGGUGGUGGUGGUGUUGUUGGCAGUGGUGGUGGCGGCGGUGGUGGUAAUAUUGGUAGUGUUAUUAAUGGUACUGGUGGACUGAGUGGUAACAAAAAUUCAACUGUUGCAACAACAAUGUUAGAUAAACAUAUGGCUGCAGCAGUUGCUGCCGCAGCAGCUCAACACAAUCAUAAUCAACAUCAACAACAGCAUCAACAACAACAUCAACAACAACAACAGCAACAACAACACCAACAACAACAUCAACAACAACAACAGCAGCAGCAACAACAACAACAACAGCAGCAACACCAACAACAGCAACAACAACAACAACAACAUAGCCAACAUACUAGUUCACUUAUUCAUCAUCACAAAACAUCAAAUGAUUCUCAUAAUUCACAACCAACACCGAGUCAUCAGAGUCAUCAAAAUCAUUCAUCACAUUCUGGUCAUCUUGUAAAUGGAACAAUUCUCAAAACAGCACUUACAAAUCCAUCUGAAGUGGUACAUUUACGACAACGACUGGAUAAUGCUGUUAGCAGUUCAAGAGACAGAGCUUUUCCAUUAGACACAACAAUUGCCAUGAUUCAAACACUCAUUGAUUGUGAUGAAUUUCAUGACAUUGCCAAAUUACAGAAUUUAGAUGAAUUAAUGGAUAAUAAGUCUGAUGUUAAUGAAAAAUUAUGUCAAAUUGGUGAUAGUAUAGUUUAUAAAUUGGUACAAUGGACAAAACGUUUACCAUUUUAUCUUGAAUUACCAGUUGAAGUACAUACUAGAUUAUUAACUCAUAAAUGGCAUGAAUUACUUGUAUUAACAACAUCAGCAUAUCAAGCUAUUCAUGGACCACGUAAAUUUGUUGGAUCUGAUGGAAGUACUGCUGAAUUUAUGCAAGAAGUAUCAAAUAAUAUGUAUACAUUGCAAUCAUGUUUAACGAGUAUGAUGGGACGACCAAUAACAAUGGAUCAAUUGAGACAAGAUGUUGGUCUUAUGGUUGAAAAAAUAACAUAUGUUACUCUAAUGUUUAGACGUAUUAAACUAAGAAUGGAAGAAUAUGUUUGUCUCAAAGUCAUAACAAUGUUAUCACAAGAUGGAAAAUGUCGAGGUGGGUCAUUGGAAUUAGAACAAAUUCAAGAACGUUACAUGAGCUGUUUACGAAGUUUUGUGGAACACAGUGCACCGCAACAGCCCGGUCGUUUCCAUGACCUUAUACUACGAUUUCCCGAAGUGCAAUCAGCAGCUACUCUUUUACUCGAAAGUAAAAUGUUUUACGUUCCUUUUCUAUUGAAUUCAGCAAUUCAAAGAUAGUAAAUAAAUGAAUCAUAAAAAAACAAUCGAAUAAAUAAAUAAACCAAGAAAUAUAAAGUUAAUAAAUAUAUAUAUAUAUAUAAAUAUAUAAAGAAAGAAAUAAGUAAAAUACGAACAAAGGCAUAAAAAGUUUUGUCGAAGAAUUGACAAUUUUAUGCAAAUAAAACAUACAUUAAAUAUCUAUAUAAAAAUAAAUAUAUAAAUAUGAACAAUAAAAUGUGUGUUUAUUGAGGUGUACAAACGUAAAAAAAAAAAAACUAUACAUGGAUGGAAAACCAUGUAAAAAACAAAGUGAUUUAGGGAACUAAAAAUAAAAAAAAAAAACAUAAAAAAAAAUAAUUAAAUAAACGAAAAAUAAAACUAAUAAUAAAUAUUAAUUAAUAUAUAAAUAAUGAUAAUUUAGAUGCAUCGAUUGAAAAUACAUGGAUAUUAAUAUUAAGUAAAAUAAAAAAAAAAUAUAUAUAUAUACAUAAUAAUUAAUAUUAUAAAAUGCAAAAAAAAAAAAAAAUUAAAAAACAAUCGAGAAGAACUGAACUUUUAUAUCGAAACUUGAAAGACUAUAUUUCUGUACGCAGUCGCGCAACUAAUUUCAUUCUGUGUUCAUGUUGCAUAAUCCAAUCGAUAUAAAUAAGACUCUCGUAUGUUGUGCCCAUCGAAAGUCAAGACGGUAUGAGCCCAUGAACAAUCAUUAAGAAAAAUUUAAUUAAAAAAAAAUAUAUACAAAAAAUUAAAUAGAAACAAAAUAAUAAAUAAAAAAUUGAUCAAACAAAUUUUAAAUUAAUUAUUAAAUUGAUAAUAUUUUUUUUUUUGGGCUCACCGUUAUUAAUUAUGAUAUUGAAACUACGCCAAUUAUUAUCAACCCAAGUUAGAAGAUCAAAUAAAUCACCCAUGUGAUAUUUUGAUUUAAAAAAAAAUAUAUAUAUAUACAUAUAGAAAUAAUUAAUUUCACUAUCGUUUUUUUUUUUUUUUUUUUUUUUUUACUAUACUGCCGUUGAUAUAUCAACAAUGUUUUUACAAUUUAUUUGGAUAAAUAACAAAUCCAAAUAAUUUUAUUUAACACUGCCUCCAAUUAUUUUUUUUUUUUUCAUAUACUAUUUACAUCACAAUAAUUAAAAAAAAAUAUCACAAUAUCGACCACAUUAUUCGCGAUACUUAUUCGUUUAUUAUAAUUAAUUAAAAUUAAUAAUAAUAAUCAUUGUCAUCAUCAUCGUCAUCUCGAUAAUAUUAAUCAUCGGAAGAUAUAAAAAUUUUUUUAUAUAAAAUAUUUAAAAAAUUAAAAAAAAGUAAAUUAAAAAUAUUUUAAUUAAGAAUCAUUACACACACAUACACACAUUUCAUCAUUAAAAUUAAAUGAAUAAAAAAAAUUCGAUUAUCUAAAGACUGCACCCGUCGGUACGUGAAAGUACGCUAAAAAUGAAAAAAUAAAAUUAAAAAUAAAUAAAUAAAUAAAACAUAUAUAUAUAUAUAUAUUAUUUCCCCAUGAGUGAGCACACACUCGGCCUCCUCCGAUUGGCUCAAUAAAAUUAAGUAACGAGAUAUUAUUAAAUAACUUUUUGUUUUUUUUUUUUACAAAAAAAAAAAGAUGAAAUUAAAUUUUUAAAAAAUUUUUUUAAGUAUCAGUGGCUCAUGUUGUUCAGUUUCAAAAUAACUGAUGUAUAAAAUUUAAAGAAAAAAAAUUAUUUAUACAUGCUUAUAUAUAUACUAUAUAAAUUAAAUAUUAUACAAGCUUACAGAAAUUUUUAUUUCUUGCCUAGAGAUUAUCAAAAUUACAUGCAAAAAAAAAAAGCUAUUUUAUUUCUGUCAAAGUCAACAACAGUCAACGAUAUUAUUAUUCUUGUUUUAAAUUAAUUAUUUUUCUUUUUUUUUUAUAUAUUAAAAUUAAACAAAAAUUAGUUAUAUAAUUAUAUAUUAUUGAUGAUAUUGAUUUGACAAUAAUUAAUUUGAAAUUUAAAAAAAAAAAAUUAGAUAAAAUAUUUAGACAAAAAUUUUUUACAAUUUUAAUUAAAGGGUGAUUGAAUCGUUGAUAGUUAUUGGCAUUGUUUUAGAUCAUACAACACACACGAACUUUAUAUAAAAAAAAAAAAUAUUUAAUUAUUAAAAACCUUGGGUUUAUUAGCCUAAGGACACUUGUCCAUAUUAUAAGACUUAACUACGUGGAUGAAUUUACUUUACGCGGUUUAAAACAAAAAAAAAAAUAUAUAUAUAUAUAUAAAUUGUACAUUAUUUGAGGUUUUAUAAUAAUAGGUUGAUGAUUGGUAAAGGGCUACUGUAUUACCCGAUAUCGUCGUACCCUCUCGUGUUCAAUCGGACAGUCGGUGUUUGUUACCAAUUUUACGUUAUUAUAUAUUUAUAAAUAUAUAACUAUUAAAUAUAUAUAAAUAUUAAUAAUGUAAACAAUUUUUUUUUCUUAUUAUUAACUUUCAUAAAGUCGGGAUUUGGCAAUUUCUUCUUUUUUUCCUUUUUUUUUUUUUUUAAUUAUUAAAUCACGACAGUUAGUAAUAAUAAUUUGUACAUAGAAAAAAAAAAAAAAGAAAAAAAAAAAAUUUAUAAAAAUUUGUUUUCAUAACAGUUUAAUUCAUUUUAUUGUAUUUUUUUUUUUCUUUUUUUUUUUUUUGUUCAAAACUAUUAUUUAUAUGAAUAUUAAUUGCAUUAAUAUUAUCAAGCAUAAUAUAUAUUUUUGUUUUUAUUUUUUUUGUUUCUAAUUAUGUAAAUAUGUUUAUGAUUUAAGAAAAAAAAAAGUUUAAUAGUAAAAGAAAAAAAUAAUAAUAAAAAAAAAAUGAAAAAAAAUAAAAUUACGUAAAAUGAAUGAAAUAUUUGAAAUAAAUGAUAUAUAUAAUUAAAUUAUAAUAAUUAUCAAUUGGUUUUUUGAAUGUGUAUAUUAUAAAUAUGUACAAAGAUGUCUGGGGAGUACAGCAGCCUUGAAAGGCUAAAGUGUUGGAUCAGCAAGACUUAGGGCAUUAUAUUACCAUGAGUAUUAUCAUGCCCAACCCUUUAAUUAUUAAGCAAAAAGUGAGUGAGAGUCCACGAUGAAAGCAUGCCUCUCGUUUGUGGGUUCAACUUUGUACAUAUUGUACGAAAAAAAACUAAUUAAAAAAAAUACCAUUUUUUUAAAAAUACAAAAAAAAAAAAAACAAACAAUAAUUACCAUUAUUAAUAUAAUAAAAAAAAAAAAUUUAUUAAAUAAUAAUUUUGUUGAAAGUACUAGUCUGUCUUCAAAUACUUUUAUCUUAAUACCUUAUUUAUCAUUUUUAUUUUCAGUUAAAUUUAAAAAAAAAAAAAAUAUAAAUUAAAUAAUAAAAUUUUAUUAACUAGAAGAUAAUUUAAAAAUUAUUCAAAACUUAUUAAUAUUUUAGAUUAUUUAAAAAAUAUUUUCGUCCAAUUGACGAUAAGGCAGGACCAGAUUGAUCUAUACCAAUACUAAUUUGUUGAAAAAAAUUUAAAAAAUUAUAAAGAGUAUCUAGAAAAUUUAUUUAAAAAAAAAAGAAAACUAAUGAUUU